UGGACGACGUAUUAAAAGUGGUGACAUUCCAGAACAAGGGUUUUCCCACAAGAAAUGUACAGCACUUUUUUAUGAAUACUCUUCUGCAGAUGAUCCAGAAGUAAUAGGUCCUGAUGGUAUGGAAAAAUUCUGUGAAGACAUAGGAGUAGAACCAGAAAAUGUAGUUAUGCUAGUGUUGGCAUGGAAAAUGGGAGCCAGACAAAUGGGGUUCUUUAGGUUAUCUGAAUGGAUUAAAGGGUUAACUGAUUUACCAAAGUGCGACACCAUACAGGAUAUUCAAUGCAAACUGGACUACCUCAGAUCUCUUCUCGCUGAUUCAAGCAUUUUUAAAAGUAUCUACCGGUAUGCUUAUGAUUUUGCCAGAGUAAGUUCUUUGUUUACCAGAAUAACUUGUUUUUGCAUGCAAUAA